AUGAAGAUCUGGACCUCCGAGCAUGUCUUUGACCACCCCCGGGAAAUGGUCACAACAGCUGCGAUGCAGAAGUACCCCAACCCGAUGAACCCCAGCGUGGUGGGUGUCGAUGUCCUGCACAGGCACGUGGACCCCUCGGGCAAGCUGCACAGCCAGCGGGCCCUCUGUGUAGAGGAAACGAUGGAACUGAAGUCCACUAAUAUUUCCUUUACAAAUAUGGUCUCCGUGGACGGGAGGCUCAUCUACGAGCCUCAUCCUCAGCACCCGGGCAAAACGAUUCUCACUCAGGAAGCCCUCAUCAUCGUCAAGGGCGUCAGCCUCAGCAGCUACCUGGAAAGUCUGAUGGCGAGUACCAUCUCUUCCAAUGCUAGUAAAGGUCGAGAAGCCAUAGAAUGGGUAAUAAACAAAUUAAACGCUGAUAUUGAAGAAUUGACGGCCUCCGCUAGAGGAAGCAUAAGGGCGCCGAUGGCAGUGGCAGCGUUUGGAGAAAAAUGA